AUGCAUGUUAAACUUUUAUUGACCUUGACACUACUAUGUAUUACCAGGCUUUGUCCUGCUGUGUGUGGGGUUAAUAUAAACAGCUGCAUACUCCAAGGUGACCCUCAACCCCCUGCUCUCUUUGAGGAUGGAGACUUUGUCAUUGGAGGGACUUUCACCAUUCAUUAUUAUGUGAGGACUGAGAAGCAAACCUACACAAAACGACCACAACCACUUGUGUGCAGUGGCAGCAUGAACUUCAGAGAACUGCACUUUGCUCGUGCCUUACAGUUCGCCAUCCAAGAGAUAAACAACAGCUCCGAUCUCUUGCCGGGCAUCACUUUAGGGUACCAUAUAUAUGACACUUGUGCCUCUGUGGCAAUGGCAAUCAAAGUAGCAUUGCAACUUGUCAACGGACUAGAUCCUGUAUUUAACGACACUGAUUCCUGUGCAAAACUGAAUCCAGUUCCCACACUAAUCGGAAAUUCAGCUUCCACUGCAGCUAUAAGUAUUUCAAGACUUUUUGGUCCUCUUGGAAUCACACAGGUGAGUCAUUACGCAACAUGCGCGUGUCUCAGUGACAAGCGGCAGCAUCCUACUUUUUUCAGGACCAUCCCCAGUGAUCACCAUCAAGCGGCAGCACUGGCACGGAUGGUCAAGCACUUCGGAUGGACGUGGAUCGGAGCUGUGUGCAGUGAUUCAGACUAUGGGAACAAUGGCAUGGCAUCAUUCCUGAAAGCUGCUGAGGAAGAGGGAAUCUGUGUGGAGUAUUCUGAGGCCUAUUACAGGACCCAGCCGCGCAGCAAACUGAAAAGAGUCGCGGAUGUCAUUCGCGAGUCAACGGCUCGUGUGAUAGUUGCUUUCAUGGCCGAAGGUGAUAUGAGAAUUAUUUUAGAAGAGUUGAGCCAGCAGCCUCCUCCCCUGAUGCAGUGGAUUGGCAGCGAGGCGUGGGUUACAGACCCAGAAAUGCUGCGGUUUAAUUUGUGUAUUGGUGCUGUGGGUUUUGCAAUCCCGCGUUCUGUUAUUCCGGGUUUUCGCAACUUUCUACUUGACCUGUCUCCAGAACAAGCGCUAAAAUUCCCCCUGCUCACAGAAUUCUGGGAAAGUUCAUUUAGCUGUAGUUUAAAACAGCAAAUAGGUUCUUCUAUUGGUAUGCCAGCAUGUGAUGACACAGAGGACCUGCGCGCUUUACAGAACCCGUACACUGACACAUCCUAUUUGGUGUACAAAGCCACUUACGCUGUAGCUCAUGCCCUCCAUGGCAUCGUCUGUAAUGAAAUGCGAUGUGACAAAAACAUCAAAGUUGAGCCCCGGCAGGUUUUUGAUCAACUCAAGCGACUGAACUUCACUAAAAAUAAUUAUUCUGUUUCAUUCGAUACCAAUGGAGACCCUGUGGCUACCUAUGAAUUUGUGAAUUGGCAGCUUCAGGGAGACGGUUCAGUUGAUUUUGUGACAGUGGGUCAAUAUGAUGCAUCCAAGACUAAAGGCCAAGAAUUCAGUCUGAGCAGAGCUAUCAUUUGGUAUGAUGGCAGUGAAAAGGUGCCGGUGUCUGUGUGCAGUGGGAGCUGUCCUCCAGGUACUAGGAAGGCUGCACAGGAAGGAAGACCUGUCUGCUGUUAUGACUGUAUUAAGUGUGGAGAAGGAGAAAUCAGUAAUGAGACAGAUUCUUUAGAUUGUCACGAAUGCCUACCUGAGUAUUGGCCCAAUAAUGAGAAGGACAAGUGUCUUCCUAAACCAGUGGAGUUUCUCUCCUGGGAUGAGAUUCUUGGGAUUUUACUGGCUACUUUCUCUAUUGCUGGCUCUUUAGUGGCUUUAAGCAUAACAUUAGUAUUCUACAAAAACAGGGCCUCUCCAAUAGUAAGAGCCAACAACUCAGAGCUGAGUUUCCUGAUGCUUUUCUCACUGGCUCUGUGUUUUCUCUGUUCACUUACUUUCAUUGGUCGGCCCACUGAGUGGUCCUGUAUGUUGCGUCACACAGCAUUUGGGAUCACUUUUGUCCUCUGUAUCUCCUGUGUUUUGGGGAAAACAAUAGUAGUGUUAAUGGCUUUCAAAGCUACACUUCCAGGAAGUAAUGUCACGAAAUGGUUUGGGCCUCUUCAACAGAGACUCAGUGUUUUGGGUUUCACUCUUGUACAGGUACUUAUAUGUGUGCUUUGGUUAAUGAUAUCCCCUCCAUUCCCUUACAAGAAUAUGCAACACUACAAAGAACAGAUCAUUCUAGAAUGCAGUUUAGGAUCAGCUAUAGGUUUCUGGGCUGUACUGGGAUAUAUUGGCCUCCUAGCUUUCCUUUGCUUUGUUUUAGCUUUUCUUGCCCGGAAGCUGCCUGAUAACUUCAAUGAGGCUAAGUUCAUCACAUUCAGUAUGCUCAUAUUCUGUGCUGUAUGGAUCACCUUUAUUCCUGCUUAUGUCAGCUCUCCUGGGAAAUUUACUGUAGCUGUGGAGAUAUUUGCCAUUUUAGCUUCAAGCUUUGGUUUGAGUUUCUGUAUUUUUGCUCCUAAGUGUUUCAUUAUUGUAUUUAGGCCAGAGCAAAAUACGAAAAAACACUUAAUGGGUAAAGUACCAUCAGCCAACUAAAGCCAUCUGAGACAAGCACAACUCUCAUUCACAUGAAAUGUUUUCAUAUGUUUGUUAUAU